AUUUUGGCUUUUUAUUAUGCAACAGACUGUUCAGUGCUUCUGGACGCUGGUUAAAAAAAAAAAACACAAGUUUGAGCCUAUCGACGACUGGUAUACAGCACAUUAGGUAACAACACAGCAGGGAAGGAUAAGGUGUCUGACUAUGUGCUGCAAGCUGAAGCUUGUUACCCAGAAACAUACCCACCCUGCACUUCUAGCACAACGUUACAGAAACAAACAGCAGAGAAAGCGCAGAGAACUCAGUAGGUCGGACUCGCAACUCUGCUCUGGAAUAUAUUUUUGGAAAAGGCUUGGCAUGAACUGACAGUCCUCAGAAAUGGCAGAAAGAGAGUCGUGUUCCCUCGGUAAUGGAAAGUCAACAGCCGUUUACAGUAAUCUUUUAGCCCCCUCUGAAGGCAUCCACAGCCUACUGCAAGACGGACUGAGCUUCACUCCACUGGACGCCAGCAGUGACAGCACUAUUCAACCUUUUUCUCGUUCACCCAAACUACAGCGUAAGGCUUCCAAAGCCGCACAACCCUCUCAGGAGCAGUUAUCCAGACGUAUCCAGGAGCUGCAGGCUGAGACAUCCAAGACUGAGGCGCGCAUCCAGUCUCUGAAGAAACGCAAGGCCGAUCUCUCUAGGACCACAGAGGUCAUGAAGCAGCAGGUUCGAGAGCACUUUGAGAACAUGCAGUGCAUUUUGAAGCAGGAUGAACAGGUGAUCCUGGACUCUCUGGAGCUGGACCUGAGGCAUACAAGGACCAAGCUGGACCAGGUUCUAAAGAAGUGGGAUAGCUACCUCGACCAGGUCACCAAGAGCAUCAGCAGCAUACAAAGAACGCUGAGUAAAAGCACCACAGUGAAGGAAGGCGAGCAGGGUCACUCUGAGACUGUAAGCCUUAAGAAGCCAGACACUUCUGAGAAAGAAAUCAGGCUGAAUGAAGAGAGAUUUGAGAAGCUUCUGAAAACACUCUCCUCCAUCUCCAAAAACCUUAAGGCCAGGCUGCAGAGGAAGUCUCUACUUUUAGAUUCUUUCCCCAUAAUGAUCGACAGGCAGACUUGCCAUAAUCUGAUCAGAGUGACAUCAGAGGGGCGGGGCAUGUCCUUCUCUUGCUCUGCUUGCCCAGCUCCAGAACAUCCCCUUCAGUUUGAUAAGGUAUGCUGUGCUCUGGGGUCCUCUCCCAUCACAGCAGGUCAGAGUUACUGGGAAGUUGAUGUCCGCUGCUGCUCAGCCUGGGCUGUGGGUGUAGCCUAUGACACCCUUGAGAGAAAGGGCAAUGACAAGGGUGCCAAGUUGGGCCGAAACAGGAACUCCUGGUGCGUGGAGUUCCAGAACCACAAUCUGACCGCAUGGCACAACGACCGCCACAUAUCAUGUCGAGGAGUGGGGCAGACUCCAAUAAGAAAGGUGGGAGUGUGGGUGAAUUAUGACAAAGGCCAGCUGAUAUUUUAUGAUGCAAAAAACAUGGUUGUCCUGCAAAAGUUCUCAGCAGCCAUGACACCGGUGUUCGACAGAGCUCAUCACCAGUUCACGCAACCCCUGUACCCUGCCAUAUGCUUCCUGAGACCUCCGGACAAGCAGGUCUGGCCAAACCACUUGGAGUUUUGUUCCCAGAAGUUUCUGUGAUACCAUUAUCAUAUUCUACAUAAAGUUGUGCUUAGAAGUUUACAUAUGCUCAUCAUUGUGAUGAAUGCUAUAUCUUUGAACUACGUAAAACGAUUGUACAGCAUCCAAGCUUUAAUGACUAAAGGCUCAAAUAUAUACAUACACUCACUUAAGUCUUUUAAUGGAUGGCGCUGAAUUUUUUUUAACUUGACAGGGCCUUUAAAUAUUUUGAUCAAUUGACUACAACUGGUAGUUUCUCUUUGCCAGCAUAAAAAAGGAUUUGCUUGACAGCACUCAUGAGACCAAAACUUAGAACAAUGGAAACUCCAAGGAACUAUAGGAUUAUAGAUUAUUUAUAGGAUUAUAAAUUUACACAAAUUCAGAUUAUUUAUAGGAUUAUAGAUUUACACAAGUUCAGAAAGUCUCAUGAAAUCAUCCCUAAAUGUGAUUCCAAGGUCAUCGGCUCAAACAACUAUACGCAAGUACAUAUUUGUGCCUGUAUGUAUGCUUUUGACCUUUGAAGCCUGAACCAUGAAAUAAUUGCUAAUUUUUUGAAAAGAUAUUUGGAAUGUUUAUUUAAUCUUCUGGUAAUAAAAAAAUGAAAUAUUUA